AAACUUCUCAGUUCCACCAUGUCUUCCGGUGACUUCCGCCAUGAAAACGGCCCAUCAACCACCGCAAAACCCAUCACCGAAACCGAAAUCGCGGCGGAGUUCUCACACCACGACCUCACCAUUGCCCGAAUCAACAACGGCAGUUUCGGGUCAUGCCCGAAAUCCAUAAUCUCCGCCCAACAACAGUGGCAGCUCCAAUUCCUUCAACAACCCGAUUACUUCUACUUCAACGCCUUGAAACCCUCGAUGCUCAAAUCCCGUACCUUAAUCCAAUACUUAGUCAACGCCGCCGACGUCGACGAAAUCUCCAUCGUCGAUAACGCCACCACCGCCGCCGCAAUCGUUCUCCAAUACAUAACCUGGUCUUUCUUCACCUCCGAUUUCCGUCCCGGCGACGCAGCCGUUAUGCUCCAUUACGCUUAUGGCUCCGUUAAAAGUUCAGUACAGGCGUACGUUGCACGCGCUGGGGGAAAUGUAAUUGAGGUACAUUUACCUUUCCCGUUGAAUUCGAAUGAAGAAAUUGUUACUGAAUUUGAUAAAGCUCUUAAAAUGGGGAAAAUGAAUGGGGGGAAAAUUAGAUUAGCUGUGAUUGAUCAUAUUACUUCAAUGCCUAGUGUUGUUAUACCUGUAAAAGAACUUGUUCAGAUGUGUAGAGAUGAAGGCGUAGAUUUCAUUUUCGUUGAUGGUGCUCAUGCUAUUGGCAAUGUCGAGAUAGAUGUGGUAGACAUUGGAGCUGAUUUCUAUACGAGUAAUUUGCAUAAAUGGUUUUUUACUCCACCUUCAGCCGCGUUUUUGUACUGUAAAAGAUCAGAGAAAGUGGUAGAUUUGCAUCAUCCAGUUGUAUCGGUUGAGUAUGGAAAUGGAUUGGCAAUCGAGAGUGCUUGGAUUGGGACGAGGGAUUAUAGUGCACAAUUGGUGAUUCCAGAUGUAGUUGAGUUGUUUGUGAACAGGUUUGAAGGCGGAAUUGAGGGGAUAAGGAGAAGGAAUCAUGAUAUGGUGGUUGAAAUGGCGGAGAUGUUGGUGAAGGCGUGGGGGACGGAGUUAGGGACUCCACCAGAAAUGUGUUCGAGCAUGGCAAUGGUGGGAAUGCCUGCGUGUUUAGGGAUUUCGGGUAAUUCAGAUGCUUUGAAGUUGAGGACUCAUUUGAGAGUUUCGUUCAAGGUUGAGGUUCCGAUGUAUUACAGGGCGCCAUUGGAAGGAGAGGUAAAUCCGAUAACAGGUUAUGCUAGGAUCUCCCAUCAAGUUUAUAACACCAUUGAGGAUUAUUAUAGGUUUCGAGAUGCCAUUAUCAAGCUUGUGAGCGAUGGUUUCACUUGUGCAAUUCUCUCGAAUUGACUAGGUACACGUCCCUGUGUAAUUCCACAAGUGGGGUUUAGAAAGAGUCGUGUGUACGCUGGCUUAGCCCUGUCUUGUGAAGUUGAUUCUUUCUUUCAGGAAUAAAGUCUUUUUCCAAUUCCUUGCUGAA